GCCGCACAUGCAAGCUGAUAAAGAGAAUGCAACUCAUACAGCUAUUAUCUCGCAAUAAGCGCAGCAGAAAUUUGCGGAUAAAAGCUUCUAUAGAACAAGUCAAGCAAUUGAUCGGACAUGGCUCUGUCGGACGUGGGCACUUCUUUGCAGGGACUCAUCCUUUCGCAUGGUGGCCUACAACUGUUGAAGGAGCGAAAUUGUGUGAUUCGGCUAGAAAACCACCCCAGCGAUGGAAAGGUGAAACUCAUCUCCGGUGGAGGAAGUGGCCACGAACCGGCUCAUGCCGGCUUCGUCGGCAAAGGAAUGUUGACCGGAGCCGUUUGUGGAAAUGUGUUCAGUUCCCCAUCGGUCACGGCAAUUUUAGACUGCUUGAGAGCGGUCACCGACAGAGAUGGGAGUGCCAUCUUCAUAGUGAAAAACUACACCGGCGAUCGGCUAAACUUUGGCAUUGCCUUGGAACUGGCACGAGCGACAUAUGGAUUCCGAGAUGUGCGAAUGCUGUUGGUGGGAGACGAUUGUUCCAUUGAAGAUCAUAAUGUGAGAAAAUCGGUUGGUAAGCGAGGAUUGGCGGGAGUCGUGCUGGUACAUAAGAUACUCGGUGCGAUGGCGGAAAGUGGACUGCCUGUGGACGAAGUGUAUAAUUUUGGCAAAGGACUAGUCGCAGGCGAGAAUUUGGCAACGAUCGGAUUCACAUUUGAAUUAAAGGACGGGAUUCUGGAGAACAUUGAAAUUGGAAAGGGAAUUCAUGGUGAACCAGGAGUUUAUAGAAUGGAAGCUGGCAAGGAUUUUGAAAAAAUAAUUGAAUUCAUCAUCAGCAAAUUGAUGAUCAGCGUGUUGAAAUUUACCGAUGUAGUGCUAUUAGUGAACAAUCUUGGAGGCACGUCGGAAUUCCUGAUGGGCGUUUUUAUAGAAUCCUUUCUCCAUAAAAUUGAGACCGUCUACAAUGUGAAACGAAUCUACAGCGGAGCUUAUUUGACUUCGCUUGAUCAAGCUGGAAUUUCAGUAACCGUUUUAAACCUGGGUAUUCCUUAAAGCUUCUCGAUUACCUGGACUAUGAAGUAAGUGUACCAUCAACGCUUUUUGGAUCAAGAUCUAGAUUCACCCAAUUGCCAUCGAAGACGAUUAAAAUAGAAACAUUAGAGCCAAUGAUAAUUCAACAAAGCCUGAGCUCUUGUGAAGUUAGUUCAGAUUUUGGCGCGAAGCUUGCUUCAAUGAUCGUUCAUUUUGUAUGCGAGGCGCUGAUUUCUUGUACGGUUAUGUUGAACACAAUCGACAAGGAAACAGGCGAUGGUGAUACCGGUAGUACCAUAUCGAAGGGAGCUGAAUCUGUCUUGAAACAUUUGAAAACCAAAAAGCUAGAUCUCGUUCAUCCUGGCAUUUUGCUCCAGCAGAUAAGUGUUAUUCUGCAGCAAGAAAUGGGAGGAUCGUCAGGUGCCUUGUACAGCUUACUUCUCCAGGGGGCUGCUUCCGUUUUCAUGAACCCAUCAGAAGACAGUCAACCAAUCGAUGUCAAACACUGGAGUCAAGCAUUGAAAAACGGAAACGAUACAAUUGUCAAGUAUGCGCUCACUCAAUUAGGAGAUCGCACAAUGCUGGAUCCCCUGCGGGAAGGUGAGCAGCGAAUGAAACAAUCCAUCGAACAAGGUCUAUCCUUGCUGGAAUGUGUGGAAAGCUUCACCAAAGGCUGCGAGGAAGGAGCCCGUGCCACACAGAACAUGGUUCCGAAGUCGGGACGAGCUGCGUAUGCUGCCUCAGCGGAAAAUACAAAAUCU